AUGGUCUCGACUCAUGACCGCCCGCGGCUUACUGUUGCAAUAGUCGGAGGUGGAAUUGGUGGGCUUUGCACGGCCCUAUCCCUCCACUACCACUGUGGCUCUGCACUCCAGAUUAAUGUGUAUGAACAAGCUCCCCAAUAUAAGGAGAUCGGUGCCGGAGUAGGAAUAGGCAUCAAUGCAGCCAAGCUGCUUUACAAGAUCGGAAUUGGUGAGAAAGUUGCUGCAAUUGCAGGAAAACGAAGCGGCAUCUGGAUAACGUUCCGCAAAUUCGAUGAUGGAACAGACGUCGUGACGGUGCCGCUGGAAGAGACGGGCGAAGUCAGGCAAACACCUGUUCACCGCGCAGAGUUUUUGGAUCUCCUGGUCGAUAUAGUGAAGCAAAGAAACGCGGCAGAUCUUUACACUAACAAGCGAUGUCGCAAGUUAACAGAGGACGGAGACCAAGUUCUCAUCGACUUUGAGGACGGAACAAGCACAAAGGCAAAUCUAGUCAUUGGCUGUGAUGGCAUCCAUUCUGCUGUUAGAGCUCAGUUCACGAGCGAUAACCCUGACUAUAGCGGAAGGAUCGCUUAUCGGGGGCUGGUACCAAUAUCCGAAAUUGAAUCAUGGUGGGGAUUCGACACAUAUUCCGUGACCUGGCUGGGGAAGAAUCGGCAUUUUCUUUGCUUCCCAAUUUCGCAGAACAAGAUACUGAAUAUCGUUGCAUUUGUGGCGGAAAAGGAAGAGAAUUUGGGCGAUCUGAGGGAAAGCUGGACGGCGGUUGGAGAAAAGCAAGAAGUAUUCGACGCUUUCAAAUUGUUCGAGGAACGUGUCCAGAAAGUGAUUCAAUUGAUGGACGAUCAGCCGUCCAAGUGGCUUAUAAAUGAUCGAAAACCUUUGGAUCAAUGGGUAUACCUGGGAGGCAAGGUUGUGCUACUAGGCGAUGCUGCACAUGCCAUGACACCUCACCAAGGUCAGUCCUUGGAACUUCUCUUCUUUGACCGUACUAACAAGCGGAAAGGUGCCGGAGCAGGUCAGGCGAUCGAGGAUGGGUACAUUCUCGGGCGUGCGCUUUCAGAUUAUCUGCAAAGCUCGCACUCGAGUUCAGAUGCUUUGGAAUCUUGGGUACAACUGUAUCAGGAUGUCCGACUGCCACGGGCACAGAAGGUUCAGCGGACAAGUAGAGACGCAGUAGAGGUGUACCAGGCUCAGGCGGAUAUCAUGAAGGAUCUACCAUUCGACGAAUGUGUUCCAGAGAUCCACAAGCGUGUAAUUGAUAGAAUGCGUUGGGUUUGGACGGACGACAUUGAUGCAGAGUAUGAUCAGGCUGUGAAGAAGCGGAAAGCGCCGAGUAUAUCAGCACAUAUUUAG